GAGCGGUUUGGCGGAGACACAGGGCCACCCAGAGGCCGUCGCGAUGCUCCCCUCCUUGCAGGAAUCGCUGGAUGGAGAUGAAAAGGAGCUAGAGAGUAGCGAGGAGGGAGGCUCGGCCGAGGAGCGGAGACUCGAGCCGCCAUCCAGCAGCCACUACUGUCUUUACAGCUACCGCGGAAGAAGAUUGGCACAGCAACGAGGGGACAGUGAUGACGGAAGCCCAAGUGGCACAAAUGCAGAAACUCCCUCUGGUGAUGAUUUCAGCCUCUCCUUGGCGGAUACUAAUCUACCAUCCGAAGUGGAGCCAGAGCUGCGCAGUUUUAUUGCUAAGCGUCUUUCAAAAGGUGCAGUCUUUGAAGGGCUGGGUAAUGUUGCAUCUGUGGAGCUGAAAAUUCCAGGUUACCGAGUUGGUUGUUAUUACUGCUUUUUCCAAAAUGAAAAACUGCUUCCUGAAACAGUAACGACAGACUCUGAACAUAACCUUUCAGAAUAUGUGGUCUGUUUUUUAGGAGGGUCUGAAAAAGGACUUGAGCUUUUCAGGCUUGAAUUGGACAAGUACAUUCAAGGGCUGAAAAAUAACAUGAAUUGUGAGGAAAGGGGCCUGGAGAGUCACAUAAAGUCCUAUCUGAGCAGCUGGUUUGAGGAUGUCGUAUGCCCAAUCCAAAGGGUUGUUCUUCUCUUUCAGGAAAAGCUUACCUUUCUGCUACAUGCUGCUUUGAGUUAUACUCCUGUUGAAGUUAAAGAAUCAGAUGAAAAAACAAAGAGAGACAUUAACAGGUUUCUGAGUGUGGCCAGUCUUCAAGGACUUAUUCAUGAAGGCACCAUGACUUCUUUGUGCAUGGCCAUGACAGAGGAGCAGCAUAAGUCUGUGGUCAUCGAUUGCAGCAGCUCCCAGCCUCAGUUCUGCAAUGCAGGAAGUAACCGGUUUUGUGAGGAUUGGAUGCAAGCUUUUUUAAAUGGUGCUGAAGGAGGUAACCCUUUUCUUUUCCGACAAGUACUGGAGAACUUUAAACUAAAGGCCAUACAAGACACAAAUAAUUUGAAGAGAUUUAUCCGACAGGCAGAAAUGAAUCAUUAUGCUUUGUUUAAAUGUUACAUGUUCCUAAAGAACUGUGGUAGUGGAGAUAUACUUUUGAAGAUUGUUAAAGUGGAACAUGAAGAAAUGCCUGAAGCCAAAAAUGUUGUAGCUGUCCUUGAAGAAUUCAUGAAAGAAGCUCUUGACCAAAGUUUUUGAUCAUAUGUUUUGAGAUAAUUGUAUGAUCAAGUGAUAUAUUUAAGUCUUAGUGUUUGAAAUUGCAGUUAUAAUUGUUCAUAGGAUUGCUAUUUAAGAUGAUUUGAAACUCAAUCCAGAUUUUCUUUUCGUAUUUUACCAAUUUAACUUAAACAAAAAUCUGAGGAACAUC